AUGUCUGCUGCCCAAAAAGAAGAAGCAAAGCUUCAUGGCGAGGCAAUGUCCUCGAUCUCUAGCGUGAGCACUCUUUUGCGGCAGGCCAUUGAGGCUGCUAUGCCGGUCGCACCAGAACAGUACAUGACCAUUGCCGUUCCCGGUACCGUUAUCGACCUUGAAGACUACGAGAACGGAGGAGAGUUUGUCUAUGACCUUUCCAAGCAUGCCUUGCCACCAACAAGCGUUCGCCAGGCUGAGGGUCGCUUGGUGGAUAGUAUGAUGCCUAUUGCCAAUAUCAUGAUUGGCAACACUGGCAAAAGCGUUGCCCGGAGCUACUCUCGAGCCUUGGAUGCCCUACUGCCUGCCAAGGCAACAAUCUCCAGCGGCAACGGCGCACGAAGUCCCGGGGAAAGCCACUAUGAUGCUGCCAUGAAGUUUUUAAGACAGAGAGACUCGACUGGCAAGACUGCGGUGGAUCUCUAUCGCGAGAAACAACAGGCUUGGUGUCAAGCUCAGGCAGCCUGGGAUAAGGCCAAGAUUCAAGCACAAGAGGAUGCCGAGAAAAAGUACCCACCAACUGCAGGUGAUGACUUUCUCGCAAAACAAAAGCAGUACAUCGCCGACUGGACCCAGAUGAACUACAUGAUGUUCAGAACCGAGACGCAAGGCGCUUGGAUGGACUGGGUAGUCAACGGCCAGAAGUACAACGUCGACUUUAACUUUGGUGUUGUCGAUGUUGAUUCCAUCAUGAGCCAGAUCGAAGACAGCAAGGAAUCUCUCCGAAAUUCGACCCUGCCUGACGAAACAGGUGCAAGCGAUGUUUAUGGAGUCAGCCUAACCCCAGCCCGUUGGGCAACCUACUGCAAGCGAAAGGCUGAGGGAUGGUAUGACCGCAACGGAACAUACACGCUUGGCGAGCUGGAUUCCGAGAUUGCACGCCUCACCAUCUUAGCAUCCUCAUACACCGCCGCCCAGGAACUCAUCAAGGAUCACAAGUAUCCUGCAGAUACUUCGACUACGCCUGCCGCUAUAAAAUCGCCUACAGUGGCGAAAGUGCCUGACGCGGAUACAGCUUUGGCAGCCAGCUUGUCUACACUUUAUACUGCCGAAGGCAACUCAGGCGGAGUUCAGCCACCACCUGCUCCGACAGGUCAAACGGAAGCAGAUAACACCAGCACUGGACUCACGCCGGCUCAGAAAACAUUAGCCGCUGCUAGGGCAGCUCUCUUCAAGUCGCAGCAGGCCCGCGACCAGUCUGCGGCUGAAUGGGACAGCUAUGAUAUGGCGACUAUGCAAGGUGAUGCUGCCACGCAGGUAGCGACUUGGAUCACAGCGAAGCAAAAUGUCAUCACAAAACAACUAGCUGCACUUACAACCCUUCGUGCUACGAAGGCUGCGAGUUGUCCUCCCACCGUUUCUAUCAUAACAGGAGCAACGGCCCCAGACGCUAGUGAUCCAACAUCAGUAGGUUCAACAACUGUUGCGCCCCAAGGUUCAGAAUAUGCCAACCCGGUCUUUGGUAUCAACCGCGACGGUACCUUGGAUACAGAUAAGCCAGCCACCUCCAACAGCAAGACACAGGGCGAGAAUGAUGCGACGGACUCUGAUCCCUGGACUACAAUCUCCUUCUCCUUCUCUGCAGCUGAUCGAAACAAGGUGGCCAACUCUAAGAACAGUGGGUUCAGUACAGGCGGUUCAUUCGGCUUUGCUCUCUGGGGUGCCGGUGGUUCCUACUCACACGACUCGGCACAUUCAGAGAUGCAGGACGAUAUGGCGUCCUGUGAUGCUGAGAUCUUCAGCGACGCCGACCUCGAUAUAGCUGAGGAUGUGCUCCUCAGUCCUGGUGCGUCUCGUCUCAAGGCGGCCAUCGCAAAGCAGGAGACAAAGCUGAAUCCUGAGUUUCCUGCAUAUCCAACUUCGUUCGUCCUCGCUGCAGACACAACCAUUGACUUUUCUGGGUCGACCAGGCACAUCCAGGAAUACUUCAAUUCCAAGGCGACGUCGAGCGAUACAUCUGUUGGUUGGGGGCCUUUCAGCACUCAUGUCAGCUCUCACCACGCAAGCUCUCACAGGCACGUUCAAUGCCAAACUACUGCGACUGGCUGUAAACUCUCUUUUGGUGCUCCUCAGAUUAUUGCUUGGGUCAGUGAAAUUCUUCCUGAGCUGCCACGGGCCAAGUAUUCAAACCCCCUCUGGCAGGGAGCAGGUGUUGCGAUUUCGGCAUAA